UGGGUCACGUGGUUCAGCUCAGCUGCAGGGGAGAGGUGAGUCAGUGGCUCUGGGAGCAGUGUCAAUUAGGGACAAAGGACCCCACCGGGCCGCAUUAACCAUCCUUCUCUCCCUCUAUUUAGUGACGGCACAGGUGCAGAGACGGGAAAGGAGCAGCCUUGGUGUAGGGAACUCUGUGGUGUUCUGCAAAAAGUGCUACCAAAUAAAAGAACAAUAUUGUUUGGGCCGACUUGUAAAGAGAAGAACUUUGAAAAUCACCACCAACUGAUAAACUACAGAACUCCCUGAAUUAAAAAAAAAGCACCUUAUCUGAGGAUUUUCCUCUUUAAACUAUGAGGUGGCACACACGAAGACCUCAGAAGUUACUGCAGCUCACUGCUGCACUGGGGUCCCUGUGUAUACUUUUCCUCCUCAUUCAGCUGGAUGAGGAGGACAACCAUAUGUACAUCUUCGGAUACAGUGAGUUGGAGUACACAGCUGAUGAUGGUCCAGAGAAAGGGUGCAACUGUACAGCAAUUUUUAAGGGAGAUCCAGGAGCACUGGAUCAGGCCAAAUUACUCACCAUCACUAGAGACUUCAAAAACAGUAUUCAUCUCCCUGAUGAGUAUUACAUAAAUGCAACCCAGGACUGCAGGAGCUUCAAGUUAAGCAGAAAAUACAUAAGAUUCCCAUUGAGCAAGGAAGAAGAGGAAUUUCCUAUAGCUUAUUCCAUGGUUGUACAUCACAAGGUGCAGAACUUUGAAAGACUACUACGAGCCAUCUAUGCACCUCAAAAUAUUUAUUGUGUCCAUGUAGACAAAAAAUCUCAGGCCUCAGUGUCCACCGCCAUCCAGGCUAUUGUUUCCUGCUUCCCCAAUGUCUUCCUAGUCAGCAAGGCUGUGAGCGUAACUUACGCUGCUUGGCCAUGUGUCCAAGCUGAACUCAACUGUAUGGCUGAUCUUUACAAUAGCAGCACGGAAUGGAAAUACUUCAUCAACCUUUGUGGUCAGGACUUCCCACUGAAAACCAACUUUGAAAUGGUGAAAAUGCUGCAAGGACUGAGGGGUGGUAAUAGUUUGGAGUCAGAAGCCUUGCCUUCAGAUAAGAAGUGGAGGAUCAAUUAUGUACAUCAGAUAGUUAACGGGACCAUCAAGAAUACGGGGAAGGUGAAGGAUCCGCCUCCUUUUGACCUGCCCAUUAUGUCAGGGAGUGCCUACAUAGUAGUUAGCCGAGGCUACAUCCGCAGUGUGUUGGAAGACGGCAAAAUACAGUCACUCAUUGAAUGGUUCAAGGACACUUACAGUCCUGAUGAAAAUAUCUGGGCGACCAUUCAGCGAGUUCCUGGUGUUCCUGGCUCACGGUGGCCCCACCGUAAACAUGACAUGACGGAUAUGAAUGCAUUUGCCCGGCUGGUGAAGUGGGAUUCGCAUGAAGGCUCACAGGAUUCAAUGAAUGCGGUGUACCCAGCGUGUCAGGGCCACCAUAUGAGGAACAUUUGUGUUUAUGGCACUGGAGACUUGCAGUGGUUGAUUGAGCAGCACCAUUUCUUUGCCAAUAAGUUUGAUACAGACAUUGAUCCUAUUGCUGUGUACUGCUUGGAGAAAUAUCUCAGGAAAAAAGCUAUAGAUGCAAUAACAUAAUUUGACUAUUUUUCUGGCAUCCUGCAAUGGCAUUUAUUUAUUGCUACAAAUGUUAAUGCAGCUGUAAUAGGACCAGUUGUGUCAGUUGUAUGAAGCUUCUCCAAAACCUAAAGUAAAUCAAUAUGUAGUUUAUUGUGGAAAAUGUAUUUAGAUGCUACUUUGGUUAUUAGCAGUGGAUAUGUUCAAUAUAAUAAGAAAACACUGGAAAGAAAAAAUCUAGUGGGUGUAUGAGGGAACAGCAGGUAGUUACGGUAGAAAAUGUGUUUACCAGUAAAACAGGUUUUUAUUUUUAGAGCCCGAGCACCAGGUUGCAAGGACCCUACUGAAAUCGCGCUGUUUAUUAUUAUCUUUAUUAUUAUUAUUAUUAUUAUUAUUAUUAUUAUUAUUAUUAUUAUUAUUAUUAUUGUUAUUAUUAUUAUUAUUAUUAUAAGUGCUUUUUUCAGAGCUUUGCCAUACUCCAAAACUCACCAAAUUUUGUACACCCAUUAGGUCUGGCGAAAAAUGUGAUAUUUUAAGGGUGCCUCAAAUGGCCAUGAAAAAAUGGUUCAAU